GGCUAAGAAACCUCCUUUCCUUACUCUCUCUCUCUCUCUAAAACAUUCUUCCCAACCCCACAAAGCAAAAACUUGAAAUAUAAAGCUACCAACACAUAAAAGGAGAAGAUAAAUUCAUGCUUUUCUGGUCCCUUUCUCUUUCCCAUAGCCUCUCUCUCUCUCUCAAUGCUGUCUUCUCUCUUGCGACUGCUGGAUGUGAUUCUCCACCACCUCCGAGCUAGCUAGAUUAGAGGACGCCACAACCCCUCUCCCUUCCUUCCUUCUCCCCUGCUUGCAGCUUCCUUUUCUUUGCAAACACAAAUCCUCAAGAAAGAAAAGUGCAGAGAUUGUAAAGAAAAGAUCUGAAUUCAAAGCAGCAGAAAAGCUGGAAGGAGUUAAGAGAGAGGAGAUAUAUCUCACCAGUGACCACUAACUGACUUCCAUGGUGUUCCCUUCAGUGCCUGCAUACCUAGAUCCACCUAAUUGGAAUAACCAGCAAGGUCAGCAACCGAGGGCGAGCGGAGCCGGCGGCGGCGGAGGAUCAGCUGGCGAUGCAGCACAACAUAUGCCGCCCGUGGGUCCGACGGCGGCGGCUCUGGCGAGCAGCUCGGCGGCGGGCAAUAAUGAAGCCGCGGGGCAGCAGCAGCAGCAGGCGCGGCCAAAUUCUCACUCGAUGACGGAGCGCGCGCGGAUGGCGCGGGCGCCGCACCCGGAGCCGGCGCUCAAGUGCCCGCGCUGCGACUCCACCAACACCAAGUUCUGCUACUACAACAACUACUCGCUCUCGCAGCCGCGCCACUUCUGCAAGGCCUGCCGCCGCUACUGGACCCGCGGCGGCGCGCUCCGCUCCGUCCCAGUCGGCGGCGGCUGCCGCCGCAACAAGCGCUCCUCCAACAAGUCCUCCAAGCCAUCUUCGUCUUCAGCUAACAGGCAGCAGCUUCCCGGUGGGGCCUCGGCUUCAUCGUCUAUAUUGCCGUCAACCGCCCCGGGAUCAGGAGUACCCAGCGGCGCCAUGAUCCCGCCGGUUGGGCUGGGCUCCUCCAUGGCGCACCACCUGCCGUUCCUGGGCUCGAUGCAGCAGCACGCGCCAGGGGCCGGGCCCAACCUAGGGCUGGCCUUUUCCGUGGGCCUCCCGCCGCUCGGCAUCGGCAUGCAUCAGCAGCAGCACAUGGACGGCGUGGAUCAGUCGUCGUUCCCGCUGGCCAGCGGCGGGGCUGCCGCCACCUUUGGCGCGUCACUGGAGCAGCAGUGGAGAGUACAGCAGCAGCAGCCACAUCAGCAGCAGUUCCCGUUCUUGGAGCUUCCACCGCCGCCGAUGUACCAACUGGGAGCGCUGCAGGCUAACCGAGCGGCAGGGAGCGGCGCAGCGGCGCCGUCGGGGAUGUUCACGUUAGGGCAGACGGCGGCCAGUGCAACGGCCACGGCGGCAAGGCACGAAAGGUCGGUGAAGCAGGCGGAUGAUGAUAGCAAAGGCGGGCAGCAAGAGAUGAGCUUGCAGAGGCAGUACAUGGAGGCUCUACGCCAACAAGGGGAUCAUCAGGCUCAGGGUGUCUGGGGUGGCAGCGGCAGCGCCACGGACGACGGCAACAAUGGCAGUGGGAGCUGGACCAUGAACCUCCCUGGGUUCCAUUCUUCGUCCACCGGCGGCCAUGGUGGCGGCCUGUUGUAGCUCUCUGCCUGUCGGUCAAUCGGCUAAUAGCUGGACGCAUGCAUGGUCUGAGUCUCUGAGAAGAUGAAAUUAAUUAAGGAGCUAGGAGGGAAUUGGAGAAGUUGUUUCAAGAGUGUUAAUUCUUCACCAGGUACUGUAGAAGCGCUGCUAGCUCUCAUGAUGGCAAAGGUAGGGGAUUCAAGUUAAAGUUUGUCCUUGCUUAACACUUUUCCGCCAUUUGGUUUUGAACUCAUCAACAAGCAGGCGUGUGCCUGUGUAGUAAGUAGGUGUCUGUGUCACGUACUUUCAAAAACUUUUCACUGUUGUUUACAGGGGGAGGGAUAAAUAUAUACUUGAUGCAUUGGGGUAUAUAUGAUCAUAUAUAUUUACUGGGAGAUUGGGGAGUGCUGGCCAAAUUGUUUAUUGAUUAAUUAUGUGAAACUUGCAUGAAUUUAAUGAAUGUAUGGUUGAUUUGUUUCCAGCUAAUGUGAAUAUGAUUUAUUUCAUA